AUGCCACUGCUAGGCACCUUUCAAGGUCGUACGGGAACCGAGGAGUUCUGGACUGUGAUAGCUCCAAUGGUGUUAUUCCCGACUUGGCACACACUGCUGUUCACAGUUUCUGAUCCUCCAGUUGAUGGUCAUUGCUCCAAACUGCAAGCGUCAAAACAAAAAUUAGGGAAGCAGCCGCAGCAUGCAGUGGAGAACCCCCUGCGGCUGUUUUUUACUCUCCUACAGGAUGUGGCGAAUGGCGUAGACGCUGGUUAUUCCCAGACUGGAUACCCCGGAAUCGAUUUUUCCUCAAAGAGACGACAUACCAAUCUGCAGCCGGGUGGAACCAAGAUCAAGGAUCAUCCAGACGGCAUUCAGCCUGCUCCUACCUCCUCAGUGUCAGUGAGUGAACCACGUCGCGUUACCCGUGGCGCCCUCUGUGCUAUAAUGAUAGAUCAUUUCACACGAGGACUCUCCUGGAUGAAGGCUAUGGAGAAAAGUGAAUGGAAAGGCGGCGUCUCCAGCAAAGCCCUAGCCCUCAUUGCCACACAUCCCUCACUGAGCAGUGAGAAGCACGUGACUUUGGUUGUCACACCCACAGGGCUUGUCCCGCAAUGGAAACAAGAGAUCCAGCAGUCCCUCAACUGUUGUGAAUAUCGGCGCUGCAUCUACAUUGGCUAUAAUGAAGGAGCGACUGGAGCCGACUGUUUCCAUCUCGACCACUAUGACAUCGUAUUCAACACCUUCAGAGUGAUUGCAGUGGAGAUGAAAGCUGAUUCGCAUGAUCAGGCAUCCCAUCUGGCUUGCAGUCAAAUACAGGACCUCAAUUCAACCACCGCGCAGCAGGGUCUCAUGCGAACAAUUAUGCUGUGCCAGAUGAAGAUGUCAACCAUCCACGGUCGACCCAUUCUUCAGCUACCUGAGAUGAGAAUUCAGAAGGUUUACAUAAUGUUUAAUCACGAACAGCAAAUUGUGUACAAGAGUUUGCAGAGCUGCACAUGGGUCCACUUCUACCAGUGCCUGGACGACGUGAACGACCAUUGCAAUGUAUCUCACAUGCUGGGAUUCUUAGGCUCUUACACCAACUUUGGAAAGCUUGCUUAUUCAUUUCUUGCUUCCAACGCUGUGCUUGCCUCCGGUGACUGGCCACGGUGGGGUGAAAGACAUGAGCAUUGGACUGCAGACACCCUGCAGUUCUCUGAGGUUGAGGUCAUCCGCCUCCACGACCACCAGAGUAUCUGGGAGUGCCUGGCCUGUACCACCAGCGUAGAAAACCCUAUCGCGUCUACUCCAAGCAGUCAUGGUGCCCUUCCUGGAGAAUAUCAUAGCCAGAUUACUUAUCCAACUCUGUCGACAGAACAAAAUAUUGGCGGGACUGCUGUCAAUGAUUUGGGACAGGCUGGGCGCUUGGCUGAAUUUUAUCUCCACAGUAAGGCGUCCACGAUCCCUGGACGGCAGUAUCAACUGGGUCUCAGCCAAACCAACGACAUUGAAGGAACCUUUGCACGGUCGCAGCAGCGAUAA